AUGCAAAAUGAAGUUGAACGUAUAUUACUGAAAGUUACAACUAUUUGUAUUGAAUCAAGUAAACUUGAAGACGAUGUUCAUGACAUAGUACUUCGUUUUAGACGUUGUGGUGGUUGUCGUUGUCGUGGUGGUACUAGUGGCCGAAGUGGUCGUAGUUGCGCUGGUGGUUGUGGUCGUGGCCGUGGUAGUGAUCGUGGUAGUGGUUGUAGUGGUGAUCGUGGUAGUGACUGUGGUGGUCGUAGUGGUUGCAGUGGUCAUGGUGGUAGUCGUAGUGGUCUUGGUUGUGGUGGUAGUGGCCGUGGUAGUGGUUGUCGUCGUAACUGA